CGGAGCUCACCGAGCGCACAACGCAUUUGGACUUUUCAAGAUUAAAGUCUUCUUCUACGAAGUGUUCGGAGAUACACGUCGAUGCCGACUCUCUGAAGAACCCGGUUAUUGGUUUAUGGUGACAGAUCUGUGCAGUGGUUCGACUCGUUGAAAAGAAGAUUAGAUGAUUCUUCAGAGCGAGACUAGAUGUGAUUCUGGUUUUGUCCUCGUGCCGUCCAGGGAACACCGGGCCCUCCGUGAGAUGUCCUGACGACCUCUGACCCUCGCACCAUGGACGCCCGUCUGCAAGGAAACCCUCAGCUCCAACACAGGGUCAACGGAGGAGGUGGUCGAAGCUCCAGGCCAGGCGAAGAUGAUGCUCUGCAGUACCUGAGCCAGGAGGAGCAAGAGUGCCUCAAGUUCUUCGAGAAGACCAUCGACUCGUUGGACGAGAGCCUGGAGCCAGUCGACGGAGCCCCAACCUCGAAUCCCACCGUGUCCUCCCUCUUGGCCAGACAUCCCGGUCCUAAAGACCAGGAUAUUAUAUACCUGGUCCGCCCAGAACCGGACCUGGUGCAGACCAAAGAGCGACUAUUCAAUCCCAGCAAUCCAGAUUUUCAGAGUAUGAUGCAGAACCCUGAAAGCCACUUCGGGAUGAAGCCAAGGCAAAAUUCGAUGGACAGCUUGCCUUCAGAGUACAACCCUCCACUACCAAGCGGCAGCUAUGGGUCGACAGACAACCACUCUUCCUACCAUCCUCCAGGCUGCAUCCCCACCCCGGUCCUGAUUGCCCAGCAGAUAGCAGAUAACCGGGGAGGUGGAACUAACUUGCGUUCCUCCUCAUACCGCCGUAGUCACAACCAGGAGUCCGACAAGCCACAGAGCCCAGUUGGUGAUCUUCAUCUUAAACAUGGUCCUCCUAAGCCGUCCCGCUUCCCUGCUAACAUCAGCCUGACCCACAGCAACAAGGAGCACCAGAACCAGUCGCUGGGUAAUGUGAACAUCCACGACAGACGGGCGCAGAUGCUGGCAAACCUAUCGGGAACGUCAAACCCUCUGGUGCAAGAGGAUCCUCAGCCGGCCGUGGAGCCGACGGCACGAAAUAUUCCCACUCGCAGCAUUUCCUUCCAGGACCCCUCACCAGACAAAUCCAGGAUGGAGGCCCUGUCUAAGCUGCGCCUGAACAGGAACCGAGCCAUGUCCGAGGAAAUGUCGCUCCUCGCCGCCCCAAGCAGCACUUUUCCGAAUCCUCCGACACAUGCAGAAACCAUUGGCAAACCAAUGGAGGCCAGUGCUCCCCCAACAACAGACACCACCAUGAAAUUGCCAGAAGCCAAUGUUACGACGCCACGUCCGAGUCAGAGUCCUGUUGACAGAAAACCAGAGAUUCUGCGGUCAGAUUCUCUCAAGAGGUUUGACGAUAGAAACCACCAACUGAGCAGCUACUAUCCACCACCUCCUUUGGAUAACAUCUCGUCUUUCCCCCCUCCGCCUGAAGUCACCUCGCUGGAAUUUAACAGCUACGGGGGGAAAUCCAUCAAUGUGAACCCUUCUGUCUCAACCAGGAGCGAAUCUACAACUCCAUCUAGCCAUGAACCCAAAGUCCUGCCAACUGCGCUGGCUAACCCCAGCGAGUUCAACCCCUAUGGAGGAAAGACCAAAGUCAUGACCCCUGGUCCUGUAGCCAUGACCAGGAGCGACCUUCCCGACAUCCUCAGCACCCAUAUCAACAAGGGUCAGACCUUGCCUGCCAAAUCAGAGCCACUGCCCAUCGAGCUUAACAGUUAUGGAGGAAAGAGCCGAACCUUCAACCCAACCACCGGGUUGAAUCGCCCUUCAGACACCCCGGCAAGGAGUUUCAAAGCUCCAGUACCGGCCCCAAGACCUCCUCGGCACUCCUACCACGGCGACGUUACCCCCCAGAAACCAGCGCCGCGAGCCUUUUCCCCUGAACGCCGGCGGAGAUCCACCUCCAUGUUUCGUCCCCAAGGCAUCACCGUGCAGUUUUCCGGACGGGGGGCGAUGGACGAACCGCGCAGGGAGGCGUUGAGGAAACUGGGACUGCUUAAAGAGUCUUGAUGAACUCUCUGGGGAAUCAAGUCUCCAAUCCGUCGAGCCUGAAUCUCUGGUGUGUACCUGCUGGUGGAGGUUGGAAUGCUAGAAGUUUCCCCAUGUAUGUCUGAGUGUGAGGUGUGGUUGGAGAGAAACCUACUCUUACAAAGGAAUGGAGACAGAUCCAACGAUAGACCUGCACAGCCAGUUCUCACUUCCGACAAACCAUUGUGACACGGUGCAGCUGUUGCUGUUUCAAUGACUAUAGUUUGCACAGAUAAACUGCUUUAUGUUGCCUCCGAUCCAAGACAUUAUUAUACCUCGACCGAAGACAUUUUGGGAGCAAACCGAUGUAAAGAGAAGCAUCAUCUUCCUGCAGGAAUCCCCGUUGUUUGACACGAGGCUGAUUGUGAAUAGCCACAUUCUUUUUAAAACUGGGUCCCAUUUCCUAAAAACUUCUUCAAGAAAAAGGACUGGAAACAUUUUAUAUUUUGUUACUGUAAGACCCAAACUCCUAAUUCCUAUAAAAGAUGUACAUUUUUUUUAAAACACAAAUUUAUGUUUUUAGCUGCAAGAAGAUACUUAUAGCUGCAACUUAAACUGCAGCUAAUUAUGCACAAGAGUAAUUAGAUCAACAAAAAAGAAAGCAAUAAAUUGUUACAUUAUGGAGUAUUUUAGCUGCAAAUUUGAUUUUAAAUCCUUUAAAAAACCCAAAUAGUUUGAAAAUACUCUGAAAAGAGCUCCCGUUGUUUGUUUCUGGAUCCAGGUUAAGUUAUAUUGUUAGUUUUACGGUGUCACUUUCCUUCCAGAAGCUAACAGCAGAGUGAAAUUAAUGUUUGUGAAGUUACUCUGGAGCCUUAUUUUUUAAAUUAUUUCUAUGUUUUAUUGACUUAUGGGCAUUUUAGUCAGCGGUGAGUUUGUGUGUGUGAGUUGUUUUUUCUGUCAGCACUUUGGGGAAAGAACAAAGUUGAAGGCACUUUUCUUGGGUGCAAUUUUAUUACUUCUGAAAACGACUAAAACUAUGUAGUAAAUUGCAGAAAGGUUGUUAUCUUACUAUGGAAUCGAAUAUUGACAAGAAAAUCACACAAAGUGUUCUGGAAGCUGAUUCCUCCAUUGACGUCCUGGGAUAUCAAUGCUGCAGGAGUCACGCUGCAAUGUAGAUUCUAGAUGUAAAGCUGGACGAUAUUGUUACUCAAACCUCCCACACCAAACACAGACUGUGGAUUGGCUUUGUGGGCAGGACUUCUACUUUUUUUUACUUACUACACAGAGGGAAUACUUUGAAAGUGCUCUUUAGGGAUGGGCGAGCACAUGGCAUUGUACAAAAACACAAGCACUAAAAACCAGAGUCUAGAAAUACAUCCUGGAUUACUUAUGUGUUUUUAUUCCUGUUGAGCUGUUGUCGAAUACUUUGGGACAUUUUGCAAAGUGUGUUAUUUAACUGUUGUACCAGCAUAAGCAUGUAUGUGUGUGUGUGUGUGUGUGUAUGUUUACUGACUCCGGCAUCUGUAGUUCACCUACAGCAACUUUUGAAGUAUAUUUUGUUCCCACGAAGAAGUAUCGAGGUACUUUUCCUGUGUGAAUAUUUUUUUUUUUUAGUUUCGAGACUCCGGUUCUCUGUAGUUCAGCUACAGUCAUUUUGAAGUAUCUAAUGGUGCAUACAUAGAGUAUACAGAAACGUACUUUAUUGGGAAAUGUUUUGUGCAAAGUGUACAAAUGUGCACAUAACAGGGAUUUAAAAAGUCUGUGCAUAUGUGGUGAAUGGGAAGAUCAUGUGAGCGUUGCUGCUACGGUACAACACCCUGGUAUACUGUCUGACUUAUUUUAUAUGUCCAUAUUAUAAACUGUAUAUACUCUGCUUAAUAUAUAUAUCAUGUUGAAAUUGUUGUCAUCAAUCAUUAAACAGAAUAAUAGUGA